UGGUGUAUCACAAUGUGGUUUGUGUCGGUCAAGACAUUAGCAAGUUUUUACAACUCGCAUGUCAAGUCGUCGUUUGUGUGUCGCAUGUGUUUUUCUAUUUUGUCGAGUGUGAAGUGUCGAUCGUGUCGCAGGUGUGUGCAGCAAGCCCCCAUCAACUCAAGAAGAAUUUAUCUUGCAGAUCCAGGAACAAGAGCUCAAGAUUUCAAGCCCAAGGGACGCGGAUAAAUAUUAAAUAGUGAAAAUAGUAACGUUACUUCGUGUAGUGUUACAUUUCACUUGGUGUAGCCCCUUGGAGGGUUGGUUUCGAGACUCUUCAUGGUUGGGGACCCUGUGGUGGUGUACCACCAACCUGGACCUCGGCUCUUGGGGUAUGUAGAGGCUGGGAACCAUCUCCCUCUCAAACUCUUCUUGCUAAGUUUGUACUCCUAAGACUAUUGUGGCUGCUAUACCUCCUGCCAGUCAAACCGCCAUAGCG